CUCUACAGAGACAUCAUGCAGGAGAACUAUGAGAAUGUGACCUCUCUGGCAGGUGAUGCAAUGGCAUGUGAGAAAGAGAAGCAGAAUUCUCAGCAGGAAAAUGUUGAGCAAGUGGAUAAACACAGAGCAUUAUCACAAAGGUUGGAAAGGAAUGGGUCCAGGAGUCAUGAGCAGGGAGAAUCAUGUGAGAUUCAGCACAGACCAGAAAGAGAACAGGGAAACCAGCCAGGGGAUAAAGUGAGAAAAUGUAUUUCAUGUCGAGGAACUCAGAAAAACCUCAAGGAAACCACAACCCAGCAGGAAAUCCUCAUGGGAAAGAGUAAAAAUACAUGCACUGAGUGUGGAAAAACCUUCACUUCCAGCUCAGACCUUUCUAAACUUCAGAGAAUCCACACAGGGGAGAGGCCCUUUGAAUGCUGUGAGUGUGGGAAAACAUUCACUUACAGAUCAAAUCUUGUUCAUCAUAAGAGAAUCCACACAGGCAAGAGGCCCUAUAAAUGCAGUGAGUGUAGGAAAAGCUUCACUUACAGAUCAGCCUUUUCUAAACAUCAGAGAAUCCACACAGGGGAGCGGCCCUAUGAAUGCAGUGAGUGUGGGAAAAGCUUCAAUCAGAGAUCAACCCUUAUUAAGCAUCAGAGAAUCCACACAGGAGAGAGGCCAUAUGAAUGCCGUGAGUGUGGGAAAACCUUCAAUAGCAGCUCAAGCCUUAUUAGGCAUCAGAGAAUCCACACAGGAGGGGCCCUAUGAAUGCAGUGAGUGUGGGAAUACCUUCUGUUGGCAUUCAGCCCAUGUUAACCAUCAGAGACUCUGCAAGGGAGAUCAACACCACAAAAACCUCUAGGGCUUAUCCAUACUUUACUUUUCCUGUUUCCCACAUACUAACUUUUAAAGCUGUUUGAACUAUUUCCUGCACUGUUUUCCCUCAGCUUGUCCAUAUGAGUGACCGAUUUUUGCCUUUUGCCAUUCACUCUGUUUUGAAGUUGAUCUAUUUGUCCUUUCUAUCAACUCGUUGUCCCAUGACUAUUUCAAGUGUGCCCUUCCUAUCCGGAAUGAGGGAGCAUCACAGUUAUACCAUUCCUUCUGUUUCAAAGUUAUUGUUAAAGUCAGCAAUGAUACAGAUUGUGUCAUUUCCAGUUGAUCUCAUGUUGCUCUGGGUUGUGCUAAAGAGCAGUUAUAUUGGGAACUUUUAAAAUUAUAUUUAAAUGAAGAAGAGCAGGGGCAGGGGGAAAAGGGGUCAUUUCAGCCUCUGUGACAUUGGAAGGAGAUGGGGUGACUCAGAGAUUCCCUCCUUCCCCAUCACUACAGAAUUGAUACCUUUUUUCUGAGCCAUGCAGAGUUUAUCUUCAUCACAUUCUACCCAUCCACUUCUCAGUGUCCUGUGAGGAACAGUUCUCAGCUGCCUGUGCUUGGAGAUGAUGCUUUCACUUCUUUAAUCCUAAAUCAGAGUCAUUGUGACUGGAGAUAAGUGUCAAAGACCUGAAAGGGGAAUUCAAAUGGAUUCCAAACACAGUGUGAUCAUUUGGAGUAAAAAUUGCAGGUUCCAUCUGUUGGUAAAGCCACUUCUGGCAAGGUGUCUGUCCCCCAUCCCCCAGCCCAAUUAUUUGGGAGCUAAGAUAGUAAAAAUGUUAUCAAUAACAUAACUGUCUGUUGAGACUGUGCUGAUUGAAGCAGGUUUGAAUGAAUCAGAGAAGAAUGUGAUGGGAGAAUCUCUUGUCCAAAUUCUGAAUAAUCAGAUGUAACCUACUCUGGAAUUUGACUUGACACUUUCGUUGUCAUGUUUCUAUCUCUCCUGAAGGCUGUUUCAUCACUCAGUUGGAUAUUAGUUCAGUUUGAUAGGAUGUAGCUCAGAUUUAUUGGAGAAUUUAAGACAAAUGACCAUUUACUAAACUCAUCAUUUUUCACUUCAGUUUUGCUUUUCCCCCAUCCCUCCAUGAUGACAUGGGAAAGUUCAAGUGCAGUUCUGUCAACAGGAGCGAACUCUCCAAUUUACUGCACAUGUUAACAAAGAAACAGCAGUGAUUUUAAAUCUCCACUCGGAAAAGGUGAACAGCAGCAGAACCCCGGCUAAUUGGAGGAAGUGCAUAUGAUCAUGUGUAGUUCAAUUGUUGAAGACAAUAUUGUCUCAGAUGAUCUGGGGAGAGAAUUCCACAUUAGAUGAUUUUGAAGUAGGAAAAAUGCACAUGUAUUUGGUCCUAAAGCAUUUGUAACCCAGACCCUACAGACGAUUUCUCCUAACUUACCGUAUAUUAUGGGAGAUGCUGCCCUUCACGACACAGAUGUUGAGGAAAUAGAAGUGAGGGUUUAGUUGAAUUUAUCCUGUGUAGGUGCUAUAAAUGUGUAUAAAAUGAAAUCAGUGUUGUAAGUCUAAUAGUUGCAGAAAAAUAGCUAUUUUCUAAUAGAAUCUCCAGCUCUGGUAAGUAACAGAUUCUAAUCUAGCCCUGUACCCAGUCCCUUGCCUAGAACUUUGCCUCCAAAUUAAAGAAAAGCUGGGCAUGUUUUGGGAAGCCAUUCUUUUUUACACAUGGUUUUGUAAAAGAUUCUACUGCAGAGAACUGUAAAUUUACCCUAACCAAGACCAAGGAUUUGUAAAGAAUUGGAGUGGAAAGAGAGCUCCCUCAGUUCUUUGUUUCCACCCCAAUAAAGGAAGAUAUGGUGACCAAUGACCCAAUAGCUAGGAGAGGUGCUGGCCUUUCUAUUAUCGCAGGGUGUGACUGUGUAGCUCAGUGCAUCUGUGACAAAAGCUCAUUGGUGCCAAUUGGCAAAGGGGUCACUUAUUCACAAGCAACUCCUGUCUCAGAUCUUUCAGACUUGCCACACCUAAUACUGAUUUUAUGAUAUUUAUUCAGGAAGCAUAGCAGUGAGAUCUCUGCUGAAAAUAGCUUGUAAAUUAUUGAUACUCCUAUUCACUGUGAGAGGUGUGUAUGAGUCAUAUUGAAGGAGUAAUGUAAGUACAUGGUAAAAGAUGUCCAUACGGGUAUUGUAAUGAAAGUGAGUCACCCCAAUCAUUGGUCUUGGUGGGGACGUCCCAUUCAUGUGGGAGGGAAUUGUCACAUGUCCCUUGUUAGCCAGUUAUGCGAUGUGUUGUUCAAUUGCCAACCUUUACACCAACCCAGAAAAGCCAAUGGAAAACUAUCAAAGACAACCUAGCGACAGCGAAAUCCUGUGUAAGUGAAAAGGACAAUAUGACAAUGAGUAGAUCGUCCUUUCUGUGCAUAAAGACAAAAGACUGAUUCAGUUUAUAAGAGGGUGGAGAAAAACACUCUGGGUUCAUUCACCAAAGAGAUCCCUAGUGGUCAGUGGUGCUUCAUGAAAGACAGGGACCCAACUCCUAGGGACUAGCGACCUCUGCAAUAUACUGAAGUGUGAGGUGAGAAUCUACUUAGAUAGGAAAGUUAACCACUAAAAAGUGUAGGUAGUGUUUUGUUCUGUUUAAAUGUCCAUUUCUUUGAUAACUACUCAAGUGCGGUGUGUGAUACAGGAGCAAUGGUCUAUAAUAAAACUGGUAACCUGGGAUAUACCGGUGU